AUGUCCUUCAUGGUGCAGUUUGUCGAUAUCGUUGGAGAGAGGGGAGGGUUCCUUCUUCAAGUCCUCAUCGCCGUACCAUUCGUGACGGGGCUUGUAUAUCUGUUCGGUUUGGCCAUUUAUCGCCUCUAUUUUCAUCCCCUCGCCAAGUAUCCGGGUCCGUUCUUUGCCAAGCUCACGAAUUGGUACUCGGUCUAUCAUUCCUAUAUCGGUGAUAGGCAUUUGCAGACCUACUGGGCUCAUCAGAAAUACGGCAAAUUUGUUCGCAUUGCUCCCAACCUCGUGACAAUCAACGACCCAGCCGCCAUCAAAGAGAUCUACGGUGUCAACCAGAAUGUCCGCAAAUCGGCCUUCUACGACCCGGCCAUCGCCCACGCGGGGCUCCAGAACCUCUUCAACGCCCGCGACCGUGAGUUGCACGCCCGCAAACGCCGAAUCAUGGCACCAGCAUUCACCGAAGCCAGCCUCGCUUCCAUGCAACAGUACAUUCUCCCACACCUGGACGAAUUCUUCCGCGUGGCGCCGGCCGAAGACAACACCAAUGGAGGUGAAAAGGGCUGGACCGCCGACAUGGCGAAGUGGGCAAAUUAUGUGACGUUUGAUAUCAUGGGCGAUCUAGUAUUUGGCAAGGAUUUUGGUAUGAAGACCGGCAGAGAGAGUCGAGAACUUCCCAGUGUGAUCGAUGCGGCGUUGCAUCGGCAGCUUCUUACUCGGCCAAAUCAGUCCGGUUGCAGCCCGUUCAUGCAUAGGUGGAAACUCGACAGACUUCUCUUCCGCAACCUCGUCCAUCGAGGUUCCCAAUUACUCCUCUAUGCCAGGCAGCAGGCCCAGAUGCGGAUAGAGGCUGAUCAAAGUCGCAAAGACUUCUUCUGGUAUAUUGCCAAUGGCGAGAACAAAGACGGGUCCAAGGCGUAUGAUGAUCCGAGGGAGGUGUUUUCCGAGGCCCGAACGCUGAUUAUUGGAGGUUCCGACACUACAGCGACGCAGAUUGCAGCCAACUUCUUUUACCUGACGAACAACCCUCUUACCCUGACUCGACUCACUGACGAAAUCCGUACAAGUUUCAAGUCGGCGGAAGACAUCGGCCUCGGCAAGGUGCUCGACAGCUGCCGCUACCUGCAUGCUGUGGUCAACGAGACCCUUCGGCUUAGCCCAAGUCUCCCAGGAGUUUUGCCUCGGGAGGUUUUGAAGGGAGGGUUGGGCGUUGUUGGCGAGAUAUUCCCUGCUGGAGUUGAGCUCUCCGUGCCAAUAUACACUCUCCACCAUCUCGAAGAAGUCUACCCUGAACCACACCGAUUCAUGCCUGAGCGGUGGCUACCCGGGCACAAUGAUGAAGAGUCCGUCAAGUGGUGCACUGAGACUCUAACUCCGUUCUCAUACGGUUCGAGACAAUGCAUUGGCAAGAGGCUGGCCCAAAUCGAGAUCUGUCUGUUGCUUGCGAAGGCCCUUUGGAAAUAUGAUGUUGGAUACGUUAGUGGUGGGAAGGAAGAUCGAUUUGCGCAUGACCCUGAGAUCGUGGAGUAUAAGCUCCUCGAUCAUCUGGCCGCCGGUCGAGAAGGUCCGUUGAUAAGAUUUGCAAGCAGAGAAUGA